AUGUCUAACAGCAGCCACGAGAAGAUUUUCAAUUCGCCAAUCUUGACGAUGUUCAACAGCGAGGGCAUCAAAGGAAAAAACGGUCACGAGCUCCCGCUCCCGCCCAUUGACGAGGAAGAAGCAGCAGCAGCAUAUUCAACAACGAGCUCGUUACUUGCAGAACAUGUCUCCGGAAAGUUGAAAAAGCCGAACCGUCAUCAAAGAUGGCAGCAUUGGGGACUUUUUCAGCGGCUUAACUUUGGCGCGAAAGACAUGAUUUACAUUGGUCUGAUUGUCGCCAUCGUCAUAAUCUUUGCCUCUGUCGAGGACAGCUAUAUUAGCCACCAGUGCGGAGGUCUUACUUACACCCCCGCUCAAGAGGCCGUUGUAUUGGAGAGGGCCAAAUUUCACGCUGGGUUGAACGACACGACCAGGUUCAGAGGUGACCCGAGACCCGAACUGGAAGAGGCUUGGGAUGAAUUACUGAGCGCGAUAAAUAUCCGUGUCGACGACGAUUGGCUCACCAGGAUGGGGAGAAACGCAAGCACGGCUGUGAAGAUCAACGACGGCAAGGGAGGUUACGCCGGUAUGCUUGACAUUUUCCAUCACCUACAUUGUUUGAGAAUGAUACGGAUCGGUUACACACUAGACCUCUAUCCGGAGUACCAGCCGAUGCUUUCGUCGCAGAAGGGCGAGCUAAUCCCUAUGCAUAUCGAUCACUGCAUCGACGAGCUGCGCCAGGCUGUCAUGUGCCGUGCCGAUGUAACGGUCUUGACCUCAGACUGGAUCGACUGGCACCCUAAGCCGUGGCUAAAUUUCAAUGUUGACCACGAGUGUGUUAACUGGGAUGGGAUCUUCCAGUGGUCAAAGGAUCACUGGUAUGAUAUAAAGGAGGCAAAAUUGGUUCACCCGCAGUAUGGUAAGUUCUAA